AUGAAGACCAUCACCUCAGACGACGGCGAGGAGGUGGAGGCCGUGGCCGUGAGGAGAAGUGAGUCUGCCGACGCUCAGGGGAUCGACAGCCUCAUCAGCUCCGGAGCUCUGACCACCUCUGGAAGUGUGAAUAUUAUUCAACUGCUAGAAAAAGCCAACCUGGCCGUGACCCUGACAAACGAGAGAGACGAGAUCUUGGCCCACGCCUCCUUCCUGGAUCACCCUGUUGGAGAUUUGGUGGAUCAAGCUCACUGGGAAGGUUUCCUGCAGGAACACUUCAGUACUGAAAACUGCACGCCUCACAACACGCUCUUCCUCCACCUCUUCGUGGCACAGCGCAAUUUCUCCACAGCAAGUGUAAAGGAGAUAAUGAGGGCUGUGUUUAACGCCAUCACAGAGCUGGAAUACAUCUGCCUGGUCACCCCAAACAUCACUGAUAUAGAGCCGGCGCUGAAGGACACGUUUGAGCCGCUGCAGAGCCGGACGGACCCCGGACCCCGGUGCCUGGCUUUGAUCUGCCACCGACGACAGCACUGUCCCAGACUUCACAUCCGCCCGGCCAGGGAGGUGGAUCAUGACGACAUCAUGCACAUAUUUGAACAGCACUUUAAAUUGUUCGAUCAGCCGUACGUCCUGGCCGAACUCAUCGAGGCUCGGAAUGAAGAGAAUCACUCAGCUGUGUGUGAGAUCGAUGGCGUCACCGUCGGGUUCAUCAGCGUCACGGCUGAUGUGGAUUUGAAAAAGCUGCACGACGGCUUUGAGCUCAGUGAAUUCAACGGUUUGUACAAACCACAACAAACCAGAGAGGAUGAAGCUGAUCCGGGACCAGCCGACCCACAGAAAUCCAACGCUUUCUGUAUCCAGCUCUUCAUCAUGGACAAGAAAUAUGAAAUGAGAUCAGUGGACCUAAUUCCAUAUGUGUUCAAACUGUACCCUCAUUGGGACUUCUGCGUCUUCACGGUUCCGUCUCUCUCGGCCGAGUGUCCGUUGCUGCAGAGCUUCCUCCGGGUGGCGCCGCGUGCCAACAGCUCGCUGGUUCACGAACUCUACCUUUUCCACCGGGUGGGGCUCAGGCCGGUGGGGGUGCGAGCGGCUGUGGCUGCAGACCGAGCUGCUGUCUCUGCUCUGGUCCAGAGUCUGACGCUGAGCGAGUCCCUGCUGGACGACCUGGAGCGUUUCUACGAGAGCCGCGCUGACCCGGCCGGGCCGCAGCUGCAGGCCUUCGUGGCUCAGGUGGACCUGGAGGUCGUGGGGGUCGUGAUCAUCAGAGACGAACAGGACAUCGACUUCAUCCGCGCUCACUACAACAUCGAGAACUUCAUCUACUUCAGCCACCACCGCUACGAGGAGCACGCCCGGAUCCGCCACUUCGUCCUCAAGCCGUCCUUCCAGCACUUCACCAAACACGUGUUCAAAGACGUCCUGCGCCUGUCUCACAGAUCCUGCCUGUACCACCGGCUCUACCCCCCCCCCGGCAGCCAGCAGGAUUCCUGCGUCCACCAUCUGGACGGCGUCCUCCACUGUGCGGUUCCCAUCCGCCCACGACGCCAGAUCAUCUACCCGCUGGAGGAGCUUGGCAUCAACGCCCCGGCCAGGCGGAUCACAGAGGAGCAGGCACCGUUUGCUCUCUGCCUCAUCAGCAGAAAGUUAACCAUGGAGCCAAAGGUCACCAUCAACGCCCGGAUCGUGGUGGUGGGGGCGUCGGACACGGGUUUAUCUUUCCUCGAGGUGCUUUGCCUGUGCCCUCACCUGAGGUUCAACAACCUGACCCUCAUCUCAACUCACGGUUUCCCCGGCGACUACGACCACGAGGACGUCGGAUUUCUGUCCACAAGUCACGCAUACAGCAGCCGGGACUUGGCCCAGCUGCCUCUGCACUCCUGCGUCUGCGUGGUGACGGACAAGAUGGUGGGCAUCAGGAGGAAGUCCAAACACGUGCUGGUGUCUGGAGGUGAGAAGGUCCCGUACGACCACCUCAUCCUCUGCACAGGGCUGCAGUACCAGGUGCCCUGUCCCAUCGGUGUGGACCUGGACCAGCCAAUCAGUACCGAGCUGCAGAACCAGGCCGCUCGGCGCAGGUUCACCGGGCCGGUUCCCUCCAACCUCUUCACCCUCAACGACCUCCACGACUGUGUGGCUGCUCGCCGCUGGCUCUGUGACAACUUUGUGGACCUGGAGGAUGAUGCCGUCGUGUAUGGAAACAAUAUCGACGUCUACACCACAGUGGAGACUUUGCUCAGCCUGGGUGUCGGAGGGUCUCGUAUCCACGUGGUCCUCCCGCCUCCGGAGCCGGACGUGUCCUGCUUCAGCGACCCGGCCGUGAGGAACGCUGUGGCGGCGGCCACGGAGGAGGCCGGCGUCCAGGUCCACAGGAACUGCCUGCUCGCCCAGAUGAACGACGGCCAGGACCCAGAGCCGCUCACAUCCGUGACGUUCGCCACCGACUCCGAGCUCCUCCGUCUGCAGUGUGGAGUGUUUAUCAAUCUUUCCAAUAAAGGAGUGGACGGCGACGCCUUCAGGAGCAUCAGCCGCUCCUUCCUGGUCUUCGAUCGCCGACUCGUCAUUAAUUCCUCGUUCCUCACCAGCGACCCGGACAUCUGCGGAGCCGGACCCAUCACCAAGUUCUCCCGGUGCUACUACUCCGACGAGUGGUCGCACGCCAGCUUCAACUCCAAGGAGGUGGGCCAGGAGCUGGCGGUGAUGAUGCUGCAGCUGUUCGACCCGACGCAGGAGCCAGAGGACGAACCCCCAUCGGACCUGGAUCAUCUGGUGCCGCUGUACAAACAGGCCAUGAUUCAAGGUGGGAAGCUGCCGGGAGGAUUCAACUAUCUGCACUUUACCAAACCAGCCGCCUCCAACCUGAAGGAUCCUCCGGUUCCACAUCUGGAGGACAGAGGGAUUGUGACCGGACGAGUGGAGACAGGAGAUUACUUCUGUUUGCAUCUCGACUGCUUCGAGCUGGUGGAGACGAUCACCUGCUUCUCUCUGAAGCCCCUCCCCGUCUCCAACUACCUGAGCCUGUAUGGGAAACACCAGCAGCUGCUGGGCCAGAUGUUGAGCUUCUACCACCAGAGCCUGAUCCCCGACCUGUACAGCUUCUUCAGGCAGAGCUGGUGUUUGGCCGUUUAUCACGACCGCUUCUCUGACUUCGAGCUGGAGCUUCAGCCGAUCGCCUCCCAGACACUGACGGACGACGAGUCGAGCGUGAUGAGCGAAGACGGAUUCAACGAGGUCGAAGGUCGAGUGGCUCUGAGAAGCGGAGCAGUGAAAUAUCUGAGCUACAACGAAAACCUGCUGCCCAUGUUCGCCUGCUCAGGACAACUGUGA